AUGUUCCUGCAGCGACUCCCGCCCACCGUGCAGAUGCUGCUUGCAACCGCUACAAAUCUGCCGAUAGCCGACUUGGCGGCGCACGCCGAUAAGAUCAUGGAAGUGGCUAUCCCCACCAUCGCCUCUGUUAAGGCCUUCGACGCCACUUCGCCCAACGCCAUGCCACCGAUACCAUGUACUAACACGGCCCAUGUCAACCCCAACCAAGGUUUGCCUCAAAACGCUCCCGACAGCCUCAAAAGCCUGCGGGCGGAGGUUCACCAGAUGUCAUCGCCCAUCGCAGCCGUCCUUCCGCAUCAAGAUUCCCCGCCACCUCCGCCCAACACGCGCCACGGUCCUGGCGGCGCCCCGGUUCCCCCCGUCCAGUUCGGCGACCACGCUCACGCACUAGGGAACCUCUGGAAAACCCCUCAGAUUUCUGCUUUUACCACUGGUCUUUUGGCGCCAGCGCACGCAACUGUCAACCUCCCUGUGCCUAGCCGGGAAACCGCCCAGGGAAUCGCUAGCGGCGACGUGCGGUUCCCCUCCCUCCCCCACGCCCAGUCGCCUCCUGUACAUAACCGACCCAGCUUCCAAACGCCGUUUUCUAGUCGACACCCGUGCUGA